ACUGAAAGAUGGGCAGGGAAUGACAGGUGGGAAGCGGGGUUCAGUCCGGGGGACAACGGCGAAGGAUAAAUGCGGAGGAGGACGUCCACAGAGUAGAAACGAAGCCCUGAAACAACCGAUAAAGCAGGAGGAGGCGCGUCUCAAGGUUUGGCCACAUGGCUUGCAUCAGACGCUACUCGGAGACGAUGGCGCUGCCGGACUCCUUCAUCCAGCGCCAGCAGCUGGACGCCAGCAUGGCGGACACCUUCCUGGAGCAUCUCUGCCUGCUGGACAUCGACCAGGAGCCCAUCACGGCGCGCAACACCAGCAUAAUCUGCACCAUCGGUCCGGCGUCACGAUCGAUCCACAAACUCCAGGAGAUGAUUAAAGCAGGAAUGAAUAUCGCCCGUCUGAAUUUCUCUCACGGCUCCCAUGAAUACCACGGUGAGACCAUCAAGAACAUCAGAGAGGCAGUGGAGACCAUAACCUCUGACCCCUUAUAUUACCGGUCAGUCGCCAUCGCUCUGGAUACGAAGGGCCCAGAGAUCCGCACUGGUUUAGUCAAAGGGAAAGUGGAGGAGGAGGUGCAGCUGGAAAAAGGCGCCCGUGUGCGCGUGGUGACGGCAGAGGCUGACAAGGACAAGACAGAUGGGAGGAUUAUCUGGGUGGACUAUCCCCGGCUGUCCGAGGUCCUGGAGAAGGGCUCCAAGAUCUACAUCGAUGAUGGACUCAUUGGACUGAGAGUCACAGACAAAGGCUCCGACUGGGUCGACACCGUGGUGGAGGCCGGCGGCCCGCUCUGCAGCCGCAAAGGCGUGAACCUGCCGGGCCGCGACCUGGUGGGCCUGCGGGCGGUGAGCGAGCGCGACGAGGCCGACCUGCGCUUCGGCGUGGCCCAGGGCGUCGACAUGGUGUUCGCCAGCUUCAUCCGCUCGGCACAGGACGUCAGGGACGUGCGGCGGGCGCUGGGGCCGCACGGGCGACACAUCAAAGUCAUCAGCAAGGUGGAGAGCCGCCAAGGGGUCCAGAAUUUCGAGGAGAUCCUGGCCGAGAGCGACGGCGUGAUGGUUGCCAGGGGUGACCUGGGGAUCGAAAUCCCGGUGGAGAAGGUCUUUGUUGCUCAGAAGAUGAUGAUUGGGCGCUGCAACUCCGCGGGCAAGCCCGUCAUCUGCGCCACGCAGAUGUUGGAGAGCAUGGUGUCCCACGCGCGGCCAACCAGAGCGGAGGGCAGCGACGUCGCCAACGCCGUGCUGGACGGAGCCGACUGCGUCAUGCUGUCCGGGGAGACGGCCAAGGGACUGUUUCCUGUGGAGGCGGUGGCCACGAUGCACUCGAUCUGCAGGGAGGCGGAGGCGGCCAUUUUCCACCAGCAGCUUUUCGAGGAGCUGCGUCGCCUCACCCCCCUCUCGUCUGACCCCACGGAGGUCACCGCCAUCGGAGCUGUGGAGUCCUCUUUCAAGUGCUGCGGGGGGGCCAUCAUAGUGCUCACCACCAGCGGCAGAUCGGCCCACCUCCUGUCCAGGUACCGGCCUCGCUGCCCCAUCAUCGCCGUCACCAGGAGCCCGCAGGUGGCCCGUCAGUCCCAGCUCCUCAGAGGAGUGUUUCCUGCCCUCUUUCACCCUCUUCCCGCUCCUGUCUGGGCGACGGACGUAGACAACAGAGUCAACUUUGGCAUGGAUAUAGGGAAAGCAAGAGGGUUCUUCAAGACGGGCGACAUGGUGAUCGUGGUGACAGGCUGGAUCCCUGGUUCUGGACACACUAACAUUAUGAGGGCCGUGCCUGUGCCGUAACCUUAGUCAACCCAUCGGGAAUGUGCUUUGAUGAAAACCACCUCCCCAUGAAAUGAAUAACCACAACACUUUAAAAAAGGAUUAUUGGAGGAAACCUGUUGUUAUUGUUUUAGACCUGCAGCAUCUCAGGAGGUAUGAAGUGCUGCACUCCAGCCCACUGAGAUGAGCCAGAAGCCCACGUCUGCAUACUGUCCUCCCAUAAACUAAUUAUAAACUGGCCCAGUGUGGAGCUUUCGCA